UAUCACCAAACAACCACACCAUCAUUUCUAUCAUCUCUCUCUCUUAAACUUUCACUAGCUAUAGCAUUAAGGGAGAUUUUUGCUUCUAAGAAAAUGUGUCCGGAAUGUCAAGGAAAAUUUGAAGAGUACAUGGAGUUAGCUAUUGGAAAUUUGAAUGCAAUGAUGGCAACUAAGAUUUUUAAUGAUUUUAGCAAAGAAUACGAGGUAAUGUUGAAGAGAGCCAAGUUGUUGGAGAGUAGAAGUUCAAUGUUGAGAAUGAGUAUUAUGAAUAAUAAUAAUAAGAAUGAUGAGAAGGAAAUGGUUAGUGGAUUGAAGGCUGACCCUUUGGGUUGUAAAGAGCUGAGGAAUGAGAUAAAGCUUCUCAAGGAGGAAUCUAACACUAUAAAAAAGAGGAAGGUUCAAGAAUUGAAGCACAAGCUUGAAGAAAUUGAAAACCAACACAAGAAAAAGAACAAGAAAGUUAAUGAAAACCCAUCUGAGUCUGAGGAAGAAAAUGAGCCUGAAGCUGAGCAAGAAGAAGAAAAUGAAGAAGAAGAAGAAGAAGAAGAAGAAGAGGCUGAAGCUGAGAAAGAGCUUAUGGAAGCUCUCAUUGCUAAUGAAAAAAAGAGUAAGGAUGAGUUGAAUGAAGUAAGGAGGCUCUUCAUUAAUCACUUCAAAAAUGCCUCAACUUCUUCUUGUCCUUUUGGUGUUAAGAGAAUGGGAGAAUUAGAUUCUGAACCAUUCACUGAAGCAAUGAAAUGUAGCAAGGACAACCACUAUGAAGCUAUGCAGAAAUGCACAUUAUGGAGCAAAUAUAUUAGAGAUCCACACUGGCACCCUUUCAAAUUUGUCAAAAUCAGAGGCAAACUCACGGAAGUUGUUGAUGGGGAAGAUAAGAAGUUGAAAGGACUGAAAAAGGAAUUGGGUGAGAAAGCUUAUGAGGCUGUUAAAACUGCAUUAAUUGAGAUGAAUGAGUACAACCCAAGUGGUCGUUUUCCAGUUCAUGAGCUAUGGAAUUUGGAAGAAGAUCGAAAAGCAACUUUGAAGGAUGUUGUUGAGUACAUGCUCGAUGGUUGGACUCCUAACAAACGCCUAAGGAGAAGAAAGUGAAGUUGAUCAUCAUCAAUGCUGUGAUUUUGUAAGAUAAAGAUCUGUGUUGGAAAAGCAAUGUACUUGCUCUUUUGAUGUGUGCAUAUGCAUAAGUUUCUUUUAUGUUUUUUAUGCUUUUGCUUUGUAAUCGUAGUAACCUCUCAUCUUACCAGAUGUAUAGACUGGUUUUAUAUUUUGCUUUGUGAAGUAAUGAUAUGGACUUUGACUUGACUUUUUAAGUU